GGCUCUGGGCUGGGCUCCCACGGGGCUCCUGGCGUCUCACCCGCCUCCCUCCCUCCCCCAGCUGCUGAGCAAAGGCAGGAUUGUCCGGGCCUGGACCCAGCCCCGCAGCCCGGACACCGUCAUGACGGCCUGGACCCUGGACGUGGGGCCCGAGCUGCUGCCCUCGUUCCGCAUCGUGGCCUAUUACUACCUGCCGGGCAGCGAGGAGCUGGUGGCCGACUCGGUGUGGGUGGAUGUGGCGGACGGCUGCAUGGGCACCCUGCGCGUCGGCCCCCAGAGCAAGGACGACGAGAGGAAGGUGUUCAAGCCCCAGCGGGAACUCAAACUGGAGGUGAUCGGGGACCUCCACGCCAUGGUGGGGCUGGUGGCCAUGGACAAGGCCCUGUUCGCUCUCAACAAGAAAAACAAACUGACGCAGAAGAAGGUCUGGGACAUGGUGGAGGGACACGACAUCGCCUGCACAGCGGGCAGUGGGCAGAACCUCAUGGGGGUGUUCACGGACGCGGGGCUGGACGUGGCCACCAACCUGGGGCUCUCCACCAAAGCAAGGACAGGUGGGUACAGCCCCCCUGGCGCGACGCUUCGAUCCCAGCAGCCUGGUUCAAACCAAGACUGGAGCGUCCACACGGCCUGUAACUGA